AUGCUGGCCUGCAUCGCGUGCGUCAACAAGGAAGAAGGCGGCGGCCGGGAGAGGGAGCGGGACGGCGCCGGCGGCGACAGAGACGGAGACACGCCGACAUGCAGGGACCCCGUCAAGUCGCUCACCUCCCAGCUCAAGGACAUGGUGCUGAAGCUGUCGGGCACGCAGAGGCAGGGGGUGCCGAAGCGGGGCGGCUCGCCGCCGCCGAGGGGCCGGACCACGUCCCUGUACCGCAGCGGCUACUACCGCCCGGGCGUGGUGCAGGACGACAUGGCGGUGCCGCCGGCCACGUACCUGGGCCACGGCGCCGGGGGUGGCGGCACGGCGGCGUCGAGCGCGAGCUCCACGCCGGCGUGGGAGCGGCCGCCCAACGGGGGCGGGGGCCAGGGCGGCGAGGCGGCGGUGCGGGAGUGGGUGGCGCAGGUGGAGCCCGGGGUGCAGAUCACGUUCGUGUCGCUGGCGGGCGGCGCCGGCAACGACCUGAAGCGCAUCCGGUUCAGCCGGGAGAUGUACGACAAGUGGCAGGCGCAGCGGUGGUGGGGCGACAACAACGAGCGCAUCAUGGAGCUCUACAACGUCCGCCGCUUCACCCGCCACGUGCUCCCCGACCCGCCCCGCGGCGACGACGACGCCGAGAGGGAGUCGUUCUACUCGCAGUCGCAGGUGGGCUCGACGAUGGGCAGCCCCGCGGCGACGCCCUCGCCGGCGCCGGAGAGCAUCGCCUGGGGCGCGGCCUUCGCCCGCCCGCAGCCCUCCGCCGCGGCCGGCGCCGGCCCAGGCGGGCCCGGCGGCGCGGCGCGGCAGCACAGCUUCCGCGGUCCGCUGUCCCCGCCGCCGCCGUCGUCGUCCAACCCGUCGGAGCGCGCCUGGCAGCAGCAGCAGCAACACCAGCAGCGCCAGAACGGUGGCCCGGAGCCUGACGCCGUGGAGCCGGCGCGGACGACCACCUCGUCCAUGCCGGACGACGUGUCCAUGAGCAACGCCAGCGAGCUGGAGGUGACGGAGUGGGUGAUCCAGGACGAGCCCGGCGUGUACAUCACCGUCCGCGAGCUCGCCGACGGCGCCCGCGAGCUCCGCCGCGUCCGCUUCAGCCGUGAGAAGUUUGCGGAGCUGAACGCCAAGCUGUGGUGGGAGGAGAACAAGGAGAGGAUACACGCGCAGUACCUCUGA